GUGUAGAGAUGGAGGUUUAGAGAUGGAGGUGUUUCUUUACCGUGGAACCAGCUCUGUACAGGGGUGAUCGUUCAAACACCACAGUCUCCAUUACACCAGUACAACACCCGAAUCAAACCAUCUCUACAUUCAGCUAAACUCUAAUCCUCAUUAACCUCCAUCCGCUGGAAGAGAAAAAGCCCAACUCAUCCAGCUCCACCUUAAAUAGCCCCCCCGGUUUAAAACGCGACUUUCUCCGGCGGCUCUAACGAAGACAAACACAAACAGGAAGUGGAAAAACCAACACAACACACACUCUUACCUGUGUGGAUCGUGUGUCUGUGUGUGAUCACGGUGUGGGAUCUGGAGUUUCUCUGUGUGUUUACCUCCGGUUCGUCUCCGCAGCUUCUCCCGCAGCCUCCACCCAGCUGCGCUGAAAGGCGGCGCAGAUCCAGCCUGACGAGAAACUGGGUUAAAGUUACGUACGUGUCGGAAUAACACGUUGGACGUUAGUGUAGUGAAAAUAUGUGUUUGUUGUGUUUCGUGUGGUUUUACGUUCUUCGUUAUUUCCUUGUUUUAAUCGCGCGAAUUCGAAAAAAAAAAAAAAUGUCCAACGUAUGACUCGGAGCUUUUCUCCACGCGCUUGGUUUCUUGUCGGCGGUGUUUUGGAGCACCAACCGGAAGUGUGCCGCCUUCGCCCUCAUUCAUUCAUCACACAAGCAGCACCUGUGACCGGAUGUGUUUUUAUAAUGUUUCUUUUAAAUUAACGCGUUUAAUUCAGCGAUCAUGGCUUCGAAACGUAAAGUAGACGUGAUUGUUCCGGCUGAGGAGAGCGAUCAGCUUAUUAUCCGCCCGCUUGGAGCUGGUCAGGAAGUGGGAAGAUCAUGCAUCAUCCUGGAGUUCAAAGGGAGGAAAAUCAUGCUGGACUGUGGCAUCCACCCGGGCUUGGAGGGAAUGGACGCUCUCCCCUACAUCGACUUGAUCGACCCAGCUGAGAUCGACCUGCUGCUCAUCAGCCAUUUCCAUCUGGAUCACUGUGGUGCUCUGCCCUGGUUCCUCCAGAAGACCAGUUUUAAAGGCAGGACGUUCAUGACCCACGCCACCAAGGCCAUCUAUCGCUGGCUGCUGUCGGACUAUGUCAAAGUCAGUAACAUUUCUUUGGACGACAUGCUGUACACCGAGUCCGACCUGGAGGAGAGCAUGGAAAAGAUCGAGACCAUCAACUUCCACGAGGUCAAAGAGGUCGCUGGAAUCAAGUUCUGGUGUUACCACGCUGGUCACGUGCUGGGAGCGGCCAUGUUCAUGAUCGAAAUAGCCGGAGUCAAGCUGCUGUACACAGGAGACUUCUCCCGACAAGAAGACCGACAUCUGAUGGCAGCUGAGAUCCCCAGUGUCAAACCCGACAUCUUAAUCAUAGAGUCAACCUAUGGAACCCACAUCCAUGAGAAGAGGGAGGAGCGUGAAGCCCGGUUCUGUAACACCGUGCAUGACAUCGUCAACAGAGAAGGUCGCUGUUUGAUCCCCGUGUUCGCUCUGGGACGGGCCCAAGAACUGCUGCUCAUCCUGGACGAGUACUGGCAGAACCACCCGGAGCUCCACGACAUUCCCAUCUACUACGCCUCAUCCCUGGCCAAGAAGUGCAUGGCUGUGUACCAGACCUACGUCAACGCAAUGAAUGAUAAGAUCCGCAAGGCCAUAAAUAUCAACAACCCCUUUGUCUUCAAGCACAUCAGCAACCUGAAGAGCAUGGAUCAUUUCGAUGACAUCGGCCCCAGCGUGGUGAUGGCGUCUCCUGGUAUGAUGCAGAGCGGCCUGUCCAGGGAGCUCUUCGAGAGCUGGUGCACCGAUAAGAGAAACGGGGUCAUCAUCGCCGGAUACUGUGUGGAGGGAACACUCGCUAAGCACAUCAUGUCGGAGCCGGAGGAGAUCACCACCAUGUCGGGACAGAAGCUGCAGCUGAAGAUGUCGGUGGACUACAUCUCCUUCUCUGCCCACACCGACUACCAGCAGACCAGCGAGUUCAUCCGGGCGCUCAAACCCCCGCACGUGAUCCUGGUCCACGGGGAGCAGAACGAGAUGGCCCGUCUGAAGGCUGCUCUGAUCAGAGAGUAUGAGGAUAACGACCAGGUUCACAUCGAAGUUCACAACCCUCGCAACACGGAGGCGGUCACCCUGAACUUCAGAGGAGAGAAACUGGCCAAGGUGAUGGGCUCUCUGGCGGAUAAGAAGUGCACUCAGGGUCAGAGGGUGUCAGGCAUACUGGUGAAGAAGAACUUCAACUACCACAUCCUCAACCCCUCCGACCUUUCCACAUACACAGAGUUGGCCAUGAGCACGGUUAAACAGAGCCAGGCCAUCCCCUUCACUGGACCGUACUCACUGCUCGUCUGCCACCUGAGGAACCUCACUGGUGACGUGGAAGAGCUGGACGGAACUGAGAAGAACACUUUGAAGCUUUUUAAAAAUGUCACUCUGACUCACGAGGUCGGGAUGGUGGUGCUGGAGUGGGUAGCGAACCCUCUGAACGACAUGUACGCUGACGCCGUCACCACCGUGGUGCUGGAGGUGCAGUCGAACCCGAGGGCUCAGAAAGUCAUGCAGACUCAGAGUGUUGUUAUGGACAUGGACGUCUUCCAAGCCCGACUAGAAGUCAUGUUGCAGGACAUGUUUGGAGAGGAGUGUGUGGACUUCAGUGACGGUAGGAACAUCUCAGUGACAGUCGACGGGAAGACGGUUCUUAUUUGCUUGGAGACGAGGGCGGUGCGCUACGAGGACGAGUGCACGGAGGACGACACGCUGAGAGAGAUGGUGGAGCUGGCGGUGCAGCGGCUCUACGACGCCCUCAACCCGGUCAUCUGAGGAGAGAGACUGGACGAGCGAGCAGCACAAGUUCAGAAAACAACGAAUAUUUGAGCCAAGUUAACGAGGAGCUCGUGUUUUUGUGUUUAACACUGCCUAACAAGUGUGUCUAACUUAUUGAUGAGUCUGACGUCCAUGUUUCUGCACCGUCCAUAUUUGUAAUUUGUGAUUUGACAAAACAUAUCAGACACAAUGCAGCUGUUUAACCUGUACACAUCCUGAACC